GUGAGAAAAUUCCACGCGCGGUCUCUUGGGGUGGACCUUGGAUGCCAGUUGCUGACAGUCAAUGGAAAGAAGGUGCGGUGGGAGGCGUUGGAGCUGCUGAAAGGCGAAAAGGACUUGGCCUUGGAAUCCCUGGCGCCUCCCUAUUUGCUUCGACUUCGACAAAGUGGGCCCAAACUCCUGUGCCACCAAGGCUGUAAUGCCAUGUGCGAUGGCGGCCAUGUGAUGAAGGCCCAGUACUGCGGUGGCGUUCUGUGUCCCGAGGGCCAUGCUCUGAAGUGUCUUCCCUCGCCGGAAGCAGAGCAGUGCUGUGAGAGUUGUGGGGUUCAGUUGGAGGAUGAGAUGAUUUUGGGAUGUCCGCAAUGCUUGGAGGACCAUGUUCGGCUCCCAUCAUCAAAUGACAAAUACAACCUUCUGUGCUUUCGCUGCGGCUGGCGACUGUCGGUGAAGAAUAUGAGUGGGGAAGAUUCCCCGUAUAAGAGCCGUGGUGAGGUGCACUGCAAAGAUUGCGGCAGGAGUAUCAUGGAGCAGGAUGAGGAGUUUGCAGGGCACCCUGAUGCACGACGUUUUUAUCACUGUCCCAGUUGCUGGGAGGAUGGCAUCAAGGAGGAUCGAUGCUACUUUUGUAGCAUUCGACACUUGGCGUGCCCAAAGGCCCAUCGUAUGGUGCCCUGUUUGAAGUCUCCCUUCUUCGAAGACUUGGAAUGCCUGGAAUGCCACAGUGAGCUCUUUCCCCGGGAGGCUGCAUACCAUUGCGGAAACUGCUGGUGGAAUGGGAAGCGCAGCUCCAGAUGUGAGAGCUGUGGAUCUUUGAAGCAGUUGAUGUACUGCAUCGACCCCAACGCUCGUCUCCAAGUUGUGGCUGGCGACGCCGCGAAGGCCGAUGUCACUUGGGGCGCGGCCUUCGAGCCUCUGGGGCAUUCGAUGGUAUGCUGCGGCGAGGACACUGAGAUGGAAGUGGAUAUAGCUAUGAAACUAAGAGGCUUGAUUUAUCCUUUGGGAGCACGGAUGUCUUUGUCCUCCAUCUUCAACUUCUGCGAGGCCACCGUGAUCAGCCUCCAUGAGACGGGAAAAUACGUCCUGCGCCUCGACGGAAGAUCGGGAAAGCAGCUGCUGUUCGAACCAGAUCUGGGGAACCACGUGGCCGCGGGCGUGUGGCGUUAUGGCGUGGGUCAGAAGCUGAUGGUCUUUGUAGAAGGUAAAUGGAGAGAGCUCAGAGUGCACAAAGUCAGCACCUAUGGGAAUCAGCACAUUUUGGAGGAGGUUGGCAAACAGCUGCGCUGGGAGAUCGAUCUCAACAGUUUCAACCAUUCCCCUGCUUGGCUCCCCCUGGACGACUGGUGGUUGGAAUUGAGGCGCUGGGAGGACAUGCUGCUGUGCUCUUUGGGUGCCAGUGACGUCUUCACCGCACAACCGUUGGAUAUUUUGACCUUGAGCUGGCCCCUUGCAGAUGGGAAGUCGAUCUGUGCCGAUCCCGGCAUUGGCAUCUUCAGCAAGGUCCCCGAUGUGGAUCCAAGCUCCAAAGCUGAAGACGUCUUUUUUUGUCUUUGGUCCCAGCUGCUCCGCAGCACCACGCAACGCUCCCAGGGGCGACACCAGGGCUAUGCCACGGCGGCGGCGCCCGUGCUGCUGUUGGGCCCGGUGGGCUCGGGCAAGACGCAGCUCCUGCGGCGCCUGGCGCUCGAGGCCAUCGUGGCGCAUGACGGGGAGAUGGUGCCGCUGCUGGUGACUGCCACGCAGCUGUUUUUGGGCACCUGCAUCAGCGCUCGAGCCUCCAACGAAGCCUUGUACCAACGACGCUUGAUGCGACGCUCUGCGCAGGACUCGCAGGACCUGGGGACGAAUCGCUUCCAAUCGGCAGACUUCUUGGUGAUUUACAUCAGCAACUUGGCCUGGCAGGUGACCACCAGGCAGCCAGGAAUGGCCUUUGGCGCGCAGAGCCCCACCACGCGCUUCCUGCGGCAGGCCUUGCACAGCCGACGUUUGCUGCUGCUGGUCGACGACCUGCACUUGAUCCCUAUGAAGAUGCAGACACAGUUGCUUCAGGGUUUGUAUCGUCUCAACGGCAUGGGCCUUCGCGUGGUGGUGGCAGGAAGUCCACCUCCGGAGGUCUUCGUCUCCUUCCCAGCUACGGAAGUGGAGCCGGAGGAGGAAGAUGCGCCGGGGGAACUUCAGCUGAAAACGCCGCUUCGGAAGACAAUGGCGGGCCUUGAUCUCCUGGAUGGAGGUGAUGCGCCCAAGAAGGAGCACCAUCGAAAGACCUUGGCAUCUUCUGACAGUUCCAAUGAGGUAGAGAAGGACAUCUUUAAGACAAAAAAAACGAAGACGCUGCCGGUCCGAGAGGAGAUCGGGAAGCCAGCUGGAAAGGAUCAGAAUGGCUGCAACCACAUGGUGCUUCUCCGGAGUGAUGGCAACGCUGUGGCUUGCGGAGAUAAUGUGCAUGGACAAUGUGAUAUUCCGCGCUUAGAUGAGGGAAUGUCCUACACCCAGGUUUCUGCAGGCGACUGUCACACAGUGCUUCUCCGAAGUGAUGGCCAUGCUGUGGUUUGCGGAGGCAACCUGGACGGGCAAUGUGCAAUUCCACUUUUAGAUUCAGGAGCGUCAUACACACAGGUGUUUGCUGGCUUCGAACAUACAGUGCUUCUCCGAAGUGAUGGAAGUGCUGUGGCUUGCGGGGAUGAUGAAGAGGGACAAUGCCAAAUUCCACCUUUGGAUGAAGGCACGUCCUACACCCAGGUUUCUGCAGGCACGACCCAUACGGUGCUUCUCCGCAGUGAUGGCAAUGCUGUCGCAUGCGGUAAUAAUGAGGAUGGACAAUGCGACAUUCCACCGCUGGAUGCCGGAAUGUCAUACACCCAGGUCUCUGCAGGCGGGGAUCAUACAGUCCUUCUCCGAAGCGAUGGUUCGGCCAUUGCUUGUGGGAAUAAUUUGUUUGGACAAGUCGACAUUCCACAGCUGGAGCAGGGAAUAUGCUACACGCAGGUUUCUGCUGGCAUGACGCAUACAGUGCUUCUCCGAAGUGAUGGUUGUGCUGUGGCGUGCGGAAACAAUAUCCCUGGACAAUGCGACAUUCCACCUCUCAAUGAAGGAGUUGUCUACACACAGGUUUCUGCAGGUGGGGUGUUCACUGUGUUUCUCCAAAGUAAUGGUGUCGCUGUUGCCUCUGGUUUCAAUGAGGACAUUCCCUCCACAGAGGCUGGUACUUGCUAUGUUGGUGAUAUGCCACUUGCCCGGGACUUUGUUGUCCAACUGGAUUUUGUUCAUCAAGAUGGUGCCAUCAAGCUGACAUGCUCAAGUCCGAUGACUGGAGAAGAAUUUCUACACCUGAAUGUAGGGCUGUCUGAUUUGGCCUGGGACACUCACAAGCUCCUUGCGCGUGAGUUGAAUGUCAAUCUCCAGACUCUCAAGGUGGUCUUGCCUGACGGACAGCUGCUUGCCUCAACCUGCCAUGCAACUCCCAAAGCCACCAUGGCCAAUGAGCAGGAUUUCUGGUGGCUGCCGCAAGAGACCCCGACGCCGCGGCAGCCGCCGCGGCGCCUGUGGCUGUGCCCUCCGCGCCCCAGCGAGCGACUCAGUCGGGCGAAGCUGCGACUGGGAGCCAUCAGCAAUUCGCCUGAGGAGGUGAUCGAAGAAGCACAGGCAGCUCCGGAACCUGGUGACACCUGGUGCACGGCGUGCUGUGCCUGGGAGAGCCUGGGGUCGGAGCUGUGCUCUCCCUGGCACUCCCGAGCCCUGAGGCACGUGGCCACUGAACAGGUGGAAACCCUGGUUCGUUCCGUGCGGGCGCUGAGGAACCUCUCGAGCAGCCUGAAAAGCGCCGAGACUUCUCGAGCCGCUGAGAAGGAACGCAGUGGGGCCUCAAGGUCUCAGGCGGCACGCCCGGUGCUACCACCGCCGCCUCCCCCGCCGGUGAAAGACACCGUCAAGGAGCAGCCUGAGUCAAGCAGUGGCUCAGAGAGCCCAAGUGCUGAGGAGGGAGGCAACGAAGCCGCUGCCACUGCAGCCAAGAGCAAAGCCAAGAAGCCCAGUCGGGAGCGUGAGGAGCCCGAGAGGGAGGAGGCCACCAAAUCCCCAGUCAGACCUGUCAGCCCAGACAGGCCACCCAGGACUGAAGAGGAAAGGAACAGAGAGGAAAGACCUGCCGAGGAUCGGGACAGGCGAGAAGGUGAGAAGAAGGCCAAGAAAAAGAAGAAGGAUCGUGACAGGACUCGCCGGGGCAACAGAGCCGGCAGGCCACAGGGCCCACGACGUGCACGACCGGAGAUGAGGAAACACAGCUAUCCGGAAGGUGCAGAGUUUUCCCACGCCGAUUUUGCAUCCUGGGAACAGCUCACAAUUUUGAAAGGACAGGUGGUAGAGGUCGAAUUGACCGAUUCCGCAGGAGACUUCCCGGCCGAUUUGUGGGCUGGCUUCUUGGUCACAAAGGUGGAGUUGGGUCUGGAAGGCGACAUGAUUUUGCAUGUGAAGAGCCUUGGAUGCGACGACGUCGAGGCUACGAAGUGGCUUUCAACAAACUUCAACAGGCGUCCAGGUUGUCUUCAUUUAUGCCACAGCUACCCAUGCGAGGUGGACGGAGACUUCACCCUGCAUGUGACCCGGCUCAGAGUGUUUUCCAUGGAAGGUUUCGCAAGAGACUACAUCACUGCGGGUAUGAAAAAGCAGAUGAAAAAGUGGUCCGACUCAAUGGAGGACGAGCUUGGGGCACCGUCUCAUGGCCUCGACAUCACCGUCCCAGGCCGAGAAGAUUCAGGUUGGGAAGAGGUGGAACCUAUGAGGGCUUCGGCAAAGGCUCAACCACCUCAUCCUCAAGACCUGGACGAAGAGCGGAUAUCUGCUCAGAAGAGACAGGAGCUGAGAAAAAGGCUGGACGAUGCCAAGGCCAAGAUGAGCCAAGGGCCUGGUGCAGGCGCCGGCACCGAUGCCGUGCCGCCCCAAGGGCCAUCCAAGGAGCCUGCUUCGCCACUGUACUCACCCUCACCUCUGGAAGAGGAGGAGGCCCUUGUGGAUCGGAGGAAAGGCGCGCUGAGGGAUGCCCCUCGUCGCAGCGCCCACGAGGGAUUGACAGAAGAGGAGUUGAUGACUGGAGGAGAGAAAGAAAAAGGAAAGAAAGAGAAGAAACGGAAGAGGAGCCGCGACAGAGGAAAAGCCGGGGUUCUGGCUAUAAAAGACAUUUCUACAGGCAGCUUGCAGGCUCAGCUUCUGAGUCAAGCAGCGAAAGCUGCCCAGGAAAAGGCUGGGAUGAUCCAAGGAGAAAAAGAGAAAGCCAAGAAGAAGGACCCGGGUGCGCUCUUGGUGCGCCUUCUACAACAGGCCACUGGAGGAGACAAGAAGAAGAAAAAGAAAAAGAAGAAAAGGAAGAGGGCCCAUUCUUCGGGUCUUCCCCAGGGCAGUCGCGACAGCCAGAAGAGGAGGAGGCAGAGAGAUGGGUCUGGCGAUCCGGGGUCCAGCCCAAGCUCAUCGAGUGGCAGUGGCCAGACGAGUGGCUCGGAGCUGAACUCAGAAGAUGCCUUGGGGGAGAGUUCCAGCAGUUCAGAAGACCUGCGCAUGGAACCUCCUCUCCGCAAGAGAGCGCGGGAGAAACCGGGGAGCGUCCUGCAGCUCUUAGUGGAGCAUGCACGGGCCCAAUUGGACCAGAGCGCAAAGGUGACAGUUGGCCGAGAGGAGGACAAGAAUUACAUGACCGGGGUCAAGCUGAGCUCCUAUUUCUCCAUCAUCAUCCGCCCCAGGCAAUUGGAGCUAUUGCCGCUGGAGGAGACGUCAGCAGCGGGGCCCCAGCUGGUGUUACAGGCGCCGGCAAGGGCCGUGGCAGCCGGGGCAAAGGUACAGGAUGGCCAGACUGGCAACAGGACCCAAAAGGGAAGUCCAAGAAAGGAGGAAGAGGAAAAGGCAAAGGCAGAGGCUGAUGAGGCGCUUGGCGCUGAGGGCCUAGGGGCUCCGCCAGUUUUUGUUGGCGCUGGUAUCAAGGAUCUCAAAUCCGCUAUACCGUGCUGCACAACCUAUCGAAGCAUGGGAUGUGUGCUUGCUUGGUGUUUGAUUCACAGUGCUGAUGCUGGUGAUUUGAUUUUCCGAAUCCCGCAGUGGAUGAAAGCAUGGAGAGGCUUCACAGCCGCUGCAAACCUGAGCGCUGCCCGCGGGCGGAACUCAGUUUUUCCAUUUAGAGAGGGAGACCUUUCGACCUUUACUGCACAAUUCAACAAAUUCAGCUUGGAGGAAGUCGUCUCGCCCGAAGUGGUGGAGACUUGGAGCAGCUGUGCCUGGCUGUACAACACAAUAUCAGCCUUGAACAAGUUGGCUGGUUACAAGGGAAGCCCUUACAUUGGGCGCUGGACAUCGUCCGAGCGCACGGCUGCCCAGAGCAUGAGGAGAGCAAUCGAGCGUCGCUGCGCAAGAGACGUGGUGAACAUGACCUUGACCGAGGCCGCGUGGCAAAAAGAGCUGAGUGGUAAGCAGAUUGGCUACAAUGGGGAAGAAGUUUCGGUUUGCCAACAACUUUCAUGGGAGCAGGUUAUCCCCAGUUUGCCUCCGGAAGAACAUGGUGGGUCGAUUGAAACUCUUCACUGGGUUAGUCCUAGGACACGUGAGUUUCUUCUCAACCCUUCACUACUCCUCAAAGAACAUUCUGAAGUUCAACUACCUAACCUCCCGGGGAAAAUCCAUGUCAAAGCAGAGGACAAGAUGUCCAUUGCACAUGAACUUGUUCGUCGAAACAUAUGUACUUGUGUCCCCCUGGAUGCGGUUUACCAAGUGGGCUCUCAGAAGGUGCUGAAUGGUCUUUUCGGGGUCAAGAAGCCGACAUGUUUGAGUUCGGGCGCUCCUAUCCUUCGCCUUAUCAUGAACUUAACGGGAAGUAAUUCAACCCAACAUCAACUUGAAGGGGGCGCCUCUAACCUUCCCUCUGUCACCUCAUGGCAGAGCUUGGUGAUCGAACAGGGUCAGAGCCUGGAGAUGUUCCAAAGCGACAUGUCCUCAGCCUUUUACCUGUUCAAAGUCCCGCCGUGUUGGCAUCGACACCUGGCGUUCAAUGUUGUGACCUCGGAAGAGGAACUCAUGGGGAAGGGGCGCCGGCUCUUUGCCUUGUGCUGCUCCGUGUUACCCAUGGGUUGGCUUAACAGCGUUUCCAUCAUGCAGGAGGUGUCGGAAAACAUCCUGAAGCAUGGCCAGUUGAACCCCUACAACCAGGUGUCACGCAGCAAUCCGCUGCCCAAGUGGUUCACAGAGAUACUGGCUGAGGCGACAGAGGCUGAUCGAAGCUGGUGGCAUGUGUAUCUUGACAACUUCUGCGCUUGCGAACGUGUUGAAUCUCACACGGCAGCCGUGGCUGGAGCGCUGUGUCAUGAGGCGGCUGAGGCCGCUUGGCAGGCCGCUGGUGUUGUGUCCUCAGAGAAGAAACGUGUCUCGGCUGCCAGCUACAUAAAUGAGCUUGGCGCUGAAGUUGAUGGGGACUCUGGAGCUUUGGGAGUCUCCACGCAAAAGCUGCUCAAACUGGCCCUUGCCACGUUGUGGAUGCUGGCAGGGUCCGACCUUGGCAAGAAGCAAGCCCAGGUCAUUGCGGGGCGCUGGAUCUUUGUGCUCCAAUUCAGGAGACCUGCCAUGGGAUUUCUUCAAGAAGCUUGGAAGGUGACCAGUGGAGCACACCUUGCGAAGCGCGAUAUCAAGGAGAAAGCAAAAGGUGAGUUCUUAGCACUGAUCCUGGCUUCCCCUCUUCUUCACUGCAACAUGGGUGCAACAGUGGCCAAACAAAUUGUUUGCACCGAUGCUUCAGAAAAAGCUGGAGCUGUAGGGUAUGCACAGGCCUUGACCGAAGAAGGGGAUGACUUCAUCCGAGCUCAGUCAAAAUUGCAAGGGCCUGGGGAUGGUCAGCCGAUCCCGGUCUUGAUUGUAUCCCUCUUCAACGGGAUAGGGGGAUCCUUUCGUGCAUACGACGUGCUGUCGCUGGUUCCGGCCGGGCGGAUAGCAGUUGAGAUUGAUGAGGGAGCCAAUAGGAUCUGUGCCAGGAGGUGGCCAGGGACAAUCUUUGUCAAGGAUGUGAAGAAGGUGGACAGGGAGACCGUGAGAUCUUGGAGCAGGCGCUUCUUGGACAUAGAGGAGGUGCACAUAUGGGCUGGCUUCCCAUGCGCUGACCUGUCAAGUGCCAAGUAUGGGCGACAGAAUCUCCUAGGUCCUUGCUCUUCGCUCUUCUAUGAAGGACCGCGAGUUGAGCAGCUGGUCAAGGAGGAAUUCGGGAGCGCUGUCAAGGUGAAGCAUGUCUAUGAGAACGUUGCUUCAAUGGAUCGAGAGGCCUGUGCGCAGAUUUCGGCGGAGUUGGAAGAGAAGCCCUAUUUCUUGAACCCUGAACAAGCGGUGCCAAUGAAGCGUCCGCGACUGGCUUGGUCUACAGAAAAAGUGGAGGGGUGUUUGCCAGGGGUCGAAGUUACUCCCAAACAACACUGGAAUGAGGUGGAAGCCUGGGCCCCUUAUCCAAGCACAGCCCAAUGGAUCAGACCUGGUUUUCAUUGGGAGGGAGAAAGCUUUGGUAAGACCUUCCCGACGUGCAUGAAAAGCAUACCUAGGAAACAGCCCCCUCCUAAACCAGCGGGAAUCCAGAAGUGCAGCUUUGAAUGUUUGGAAAGGUGGGCCGAGGACUCUUUCAGGUACCCUCCAUACCAAUAUUCUUGGGAAUUCCUCCUUACUGAUGACAAGUCAUGGCGCCUUUUGGAUCCUGAAGAGAAAGAGUUGGUGCGAAGCCUGGCAGCCUAUGAACUCAACUGUGGCAAUUUGGAAAUGUGCUGCAUCCUGUUCGCCGCAAUUCCAACCUACAAGCGUUGCCCCUAUGGUCAUCGUCAGGCACCAGGUUUCGACAACGCUUCAAGACUCUUUGUCAGCUUUUUGACCUUGAUCCCUUUGGGUUUAGACCCUAUUCACUCAGGUGAGACAAAACGUCUCAUUAUCAAAGCCUACUUGCAGGACUCCAAGCUCUUCGAGAGUUUUCUUUCGGUUCAAUCCGCGCCUUUCCUGGAACUCCUGCUGUCAUACACUGAAAUGUCGAUUUUGCACCCGGAGGCCGAGGUCCUGGCUCCGGGCACGCCGCUGCGUUCCUCGCUCCGCAGCUCGUUAGGGCGCUCCAGCCACCGGGAUAGUAUCAUGUCCACGGCACGGGUGUCGUUGCCAUUUCUGGUGCAGGCCAAGAAGGAGGUGCAGCCGGUUCUGGGGCCCAUUCUACGUGGCGCCAGUGGCGUUUUGGACGAGUUGUUCACAGCCAGCUGCAUGCAAACAGUGAAAUCCAUAGAGGAGAUGAAGAUGGAAAGAGGCGGCCGCAAGGCGCCAGAACUUGAGGGAGGGCACUUGAAGUUGACUCUGCGUUUGCUGGCCUUGAAAGCCUGCGAGAACGGCUCUGAUCGAUUGGAAGAGGAAGAAGCAAACUAUGUGGUGGAAUAUGGAGGCUCAUCGCAGUCGAUGUACCUCUGGCGGGAGCUGCAACCGCUGAUGAAGAGCGGACAUUUCUGGCUACUAAGGCUGGAAUGUUGGGAAUCCUGGGAUCAGCUGGUGGUCUACUACGUUUUCCCCUGUCCUGGCAUUCAGAGUUUCUUUGCCAGCUUGGAACUUGCCGAGACAUGGAACAAGCAAUUCUCCUUGAGUAGCAUGGAUGAUGCCUUCAAGGAAAAGCAGUGGCAUCCCUUGCUGCCCAUUUUGGCCGAGAUGUUGCCAGGGCCGAUGACGCUGACCUUCCCAAGCAUGACAGAGGACAAGGCACGCUUGCUGGUUGAGUUCUUCGCACGACAUCCUAUGGUGACGCACCUGCAGCUCUCGGGCUGCACCUUGGGCAUGCAGCGCAGCACGCUACGCAUUGUGGCGGAGGCUUUGAAGCGAGACCAGAACCUGAAGCAUUUGGACUUAAGUGACAAUUGCCUGGGCUCCGAAGGGGUUCACACCCUCUGCCAAGCGCUGAUGGAGCAUCCGACCCUUGAGGAGCUGGUCCUGGACCGGAAUCACAUUGGGCAGGUGGGGAGUGUCAAGAUCGUGGACCUGCUGCGGGUGAAUCACAACAUCCUGCGAGUGGAGCUGGAUGAGAACCCCAUUGGCAGCGAGUGGGCUCGCUACAUCUACGUUUUGCAGCGGGAUCGCAGCGCCACCCUGGCCUCGGCCCGGAAGUGUCCGCUUCUGCCGGCCGUCGACAAGGCCAAGGCUGCCAAGAGCGGCGCCGGGUCGCGGAAGGAAACGAAGAGCUCCAAGGAGAAGGACAAGGAGAAGGGACGUAACAGUCUCUCUGAGAAGGACGAGCUCAUCAGUGAGAUGAAGGAGCAGAGUCAGCGCUGGAUGGUGGGGCCAAUUGGGAAAGGUUUGAGGCCCCACUUGGAGCUGCUGCAGGAACUGAAACCCGCCAUGCCGCUCUCCAGUCGGCUCCGCCGAAAAGAGGAGUCUCUGGGUACUGGAUCCCAGGAAGGUUGGGCCUUUGGCCUCUGGGCAGAUGGGAUGCCGCAGUGCGUUUUUUGUGCUGCCAAAGCCGAGGACAAGUUGUGCACGGCCAGUGGCAAGCAGCUGGGGUGGGAGAUCUACUACUUCCUGCUGCGGAAGGAAGAUGAGGCCUUUUACGAACGCAUUGCCAUCGGCUGGCUACUGGAGAAUACCGACCUGAAACUCACAGACACCUUCGCGAAGGAUCCCAAGCUGGAAGGCUACAUGCGUCGCCAGACCACCAGUUGGGCGCUGCUCAGUGGCCGGAAGAAUAUCGGUCAAAUGGAACAGGACGAGUUCAUUGAGAGGUUUAUGCCUCUGUCACGGCAACCGACCUUUGAAAGACGAGCGUGGGAAGCCUUGGAGUGGUUUCGCGUCAUGGAUGAAGAUGGGUCUGGAACGAUCACAGUAAGCGAGAUGUUGAACUGCAUGCUGGUCAGCGAGGACUUGCUGCAAGCGGUGAUCCGACAUCGGCUCUUCGUUGGUACCCUGGCAGGCGGCCCACGCUCAGUGCAGCUCACUGUGGCAGAGCCAGAUCCGGAAAAGGAAGGGGAGGUACAGAUGCACUAUGCCAAGGUCGGCACACGUUCACCCGUUGUGUGGGGACUCUUUAAUGCUCAGGAAGAAGUGACCCGCGAGGUCUUGUUGCGGUGGGAGACGUUCCUCGUCUCGGUGAUUGAGAACGUGCCAUUGAGCGCUGAGUUGGAGGACCUAGACAAGGCGCAACACAUGAGCCAGCUGCUGCGAGAGAACCAGUCGCAGGAAUGGCCGUCCGGCUUGCGUGGCAUCUUCGUGGGCAUCUCCUCGAUGUUUUAUGCUGCCAGGGACGCCGGGAUCACGGCAAGGCUCAUUCAGAAGAAGGAUUGCCUGAGCGCCUUCACCACAGCCUUGGAAGCAGAGUUGCGCGAUCCCAAAGGUGCCAGGGAAGAUCCAAAGAAACUGCAGCUGCAUCACCAGAAGGUGGCCAACCUUGCGAUGGCUCAUUCCUUCAUCAGCAGGUUGCUGCAUGAUGAUGCCUGGCUGUACUUCCGAAGAUCUUGGCAAAUGGGCCAAAGCUCCUUCAUUGCCACCUGGUCCUUGGGAGUGUUUCUGAACGGCAAACGAAAGGACGGCAACCAGGCCACGGGAAAAACGGCUGGUGCCUUCACACGUGUCCGAAGCCGACUGGACGAGGCCGUAGAUGCCGUCGAGCAUAUGGAGGAGCAGAAUAAGCAGCACAACUGGGCAAGGCGCUUGUCCGCUGCCUUACGCUUUUCAGCUCGGGUGCGGCGCAGUCACAGCAGCUCCACCAUGGACUAG